AUGAAUAAACCACCAGAUCAAUUCAAUUAUAUGAAAACACCAAUAACGAUGGACAAAAGCAAAAAACUUAAUAAUAUGUCUCUCGGAGAAAAAUAUCUAUUGAUGAUACGCGUUAAAAGUGAAGACUCUCUUAAGAAUGUUUCGCCUUUCCUAAUAAAAAAAGUUAUUGAUAAUGUAGCUAGUGGUGAAGUUUCUCUGUGUAAAAAAUUACAAAACGGUACUAUCUUAAUCAAAACAAAGAACUACACUCAAGCCAGCAAACUUAUACAACUCACCUCUUUAUCAUCUGAAAUUCAAGUGGAACUUAAAGAACACCCUACACUUAACUUCUCAAGGGGAGUUAUAUAUUCUAAUGAUCUACGAGAUAUUGCAGAAGAAGAAAUUCUAUCUGAACUGAAAUCGCAAAAUGUCUGUUCGAUUAAAAAAAUAAUGAAAAAAGUUGAUGAAGUUUUACAAGAGACUGGUCUUAUAAUAAUCACAUUUGCCGCUACUACUUUACCUUCCGACUUAUAUGUUGGAUACGAGAAACUUAAAAUACGACCAUACAACCCACUACCGCUUAAAUGUAAUAAGUGUUUUCAAUAUGGCCAUAUCUCUAAAAUAUGUAAAAAUGAUAACAUCUGCUACAAUUGCGCACAAGCAUAUCAUCUUAAUCCUGAAUUAAAAGAAAAAUGCACCUUACCACCACAAUGUACCAAUUGUAAAAACCUAAAUUACGAAAAUUGUAAUCAUCCAUCCGUAAGUCGAACUUGCCCUGUAUUUCUCAUAGAAAAAGAAAUACAAGCUAUAACAACAAUAGAAAAAGUAAGCAAAAAACAAGCCAUAAAAACAUACCAACAACGUCACAACAAUCCCACCACAACAUACUCUUCAGUUGUAAUAAGCAACAACAAAUCAUCAGAGAACAUAUCACCAAAUUCUCAAACACGACCCAUAAGAAAAUAUGAAGACAUAGCGAGCGAAGACACCACUGACCAAUCUGAUAUCGAUAAACAAAACACAUCAAAAAAGAAAAAUUCUCCCAGCAAAAAUUCAAUUAUUCUACCAAAAACAACAUCAAAGAGAACAAGAUCACAAGUUAAAAAACAACUGGAAGAAUUACUUAAUUCAAAACGGACAAAAAAUUAA